AGAAGAAGUAGUUAGUUACCUCCCUCCCGUCCUCUUCCCGCUACACGGGUCGGUGUUUAGGGAGCGAUGGCAGCGCCAGGAGACCGCGGGGUCCCGCUCAGUACGCUUUGUCCCAAGUUUCUACAUACUAACUCCACCAGCCACACCUGGCCCUUCAGUGCAAUAGCUGAGCUCAUAGACAAUGCCUAUGAUCCAGAUGUCAGUGCCAAACAGUUCUGGAUUGAUAAGACUGUGGUCAAAGGAGAAGAAUGCCUCAGCUUUAUGGAUAAUGGAAAUGGACUGGACCAUGAAACGAUGCAUAAGAUGCUCAGCUUUGGAUACAGUGACAAGAUCGCCGUGAAUGGUUUAGAGCCGAUUGGCAUCUAUGGCAACGGUUUCAAGUCUGGGUCCAUGAGUCUCGGCAAAGAUGCCAUCGUCUUCUCCAACUCAAAGAGCGUCUCGUGCAUCGGGAUGCUCUCUCAGACCUACCUGGAAAAGAUUGAGGCUAAGCAAAUAAUUGUACCUAUUGUUUGCUUUGAACGGAGAGAAUCUAACGAGUUCAGUGUAAGAGAGGAGCACAAAGCCAGUCUGGAGGACAUCCUACGCUAUUCCCCUUUCGAGACGCAGGAAGAACUGCUCCUCGAGAUCGAUGCCAUCAGUUCCACCUAUUCCACACGGAAAACUGGCACACGGAUCAUCAUCUGGAACCUCCGCAGCACAUCUACCGGAACGACAGAGUUUGAUUUUAAGAAGGACCGUUACGAUAUUCAAAUUCCAUCUGAUAUGUACGAGGGAAUAAACAACCCAUCUCGACAUUCAGGGGUGACAUCAUGCAUCCCUGAGAGUGAUUACUCACUGCGGGCAUAUUGCAGUAUUCUCUACCUGAAGCCUCGGAUGCAGAUCAUCAUACGUGGUCAAAAGGUGAAAUCUCAGCUCAUUGCUAAGAGUCUGGCCUACAUCAGAAAGGACCACUACAAGCCCACUUUCGUGCCGAAACGCGUUACUAUCACUUUUGGUUAUAACACCAAAAGUAAAGACCAGUAUGGCAUUAUGAUGUAUCACAAGAAUCGGCUCAUCAAAGCCUACGAACAUGUGGGCUGCCAGCUUAAGGCCAACAACAAAGGUGUUGGCGUCAUUGGGGUCAUAGAGUGUAACUUCCUGGAUCCUACCCACAACAAGCAGAGCUUUAUAGAGACAGAUAAGUACAGGAAAACUAUCAACAGUUUGGGGGUCAAAUUGGAGGAGUACUGGCAGGAAAUCCGCUACAAGAGAAACGCAGAGGAUCCGAACAGCUUACCAGUGGAAGAUGACACGAGGCGACCAGAUCAAAACUGGGCGCAGUGUGAUGAAUGUCAGAAGUGGCGCAAACUCCCCGAUGGGAUCGACAGCAGCAAGCUGCCAGAUAAGUGGUACUGCCGUAUGAACCCGGAUCCUCAGUUCAGGAGCUGCCAGGUGGAUGAAGAGUGCCAGGACUCUGAAGAUGAGCAACCAUAUCAAAAGACCUAUAAACAACAAGAGAGGGAACAAAAAAAGAAUCAAGAGAUGAAAAGACAAAAGGAAGAGGAGGAGCGAAAGCGCCAGGAGGAGGAGCGUUUGGUGGAACUCCACAAGCAAAACCAGGCCCUUAAAAAGAAGCAUAAAAAUCUGAAACGGCAGCUGCUUAAAAAACCUGCCUCUACCCCCUCCACCCCUACUACACCAAGGAGUACGUUUAACACUGCUUCAACAAGAAGGGGAAUCGCAAGGGGUGAAUCCUCCACCGUUUCACCAGCAGCUUGCAGCCCCUCCAGUAGCAGUGGUCUUCCAGUUAUUUCUAAUGUAUGCUCGAUGUCAACAGGCCCCCAGAGGGGGAAAAGAACACAGCAUGCUACUCCACAAGAAACGCCCAAAAGACCUAAAGUCAGUGGUUUAGAAGAGACAAAGUGGUUUCCAGAUACAUCCCCAUCAAUGGAUGGUAGCUCACUGAGCCCCCCAUCAGUGCCCGCUGCUGAUGAUGAUGAUGAUACUGAUGAUGACAUCUUCAUCUUGGAGACUGGCAGUACCCCCAAGCCACAAAAAAGCUUUGAUUUGGCUAAAGUGAAGACAGAAAAAGAGCAAAGUGACGCUGGCUUGCUGUUGGAGUGCAGCGACGAAGCUGCUCUGGAUGCCGCCUCAAAGACGAACGCUGCAGGAACGGGCUGUGCAGAGUCUGCAGCUGUGGGAACCGCUCCCUCCCCAGCGCCCCCCGGAAAGGUGGCCAGCACCACCACCCAGACAGAAUUAAUCAAAGUGAAGGAAGAGGAGGACCAAUAUCAAACUGAAGGGAAGGAGAGAGAAGGGGGGAGUUCAGACAUGGACUGUGUUGAGCAAGGAGUCGUUAAGCAAAAGAGCAGUGGAGACAGUCACGGUGAGAAUCAAGGAAAGCAGAACUUGCAGAAGAAAGUGACAGAUUAUCAGGAUAGUGAAGACGAUGCUGGACCUUCCGGCGUAGAUGCCAUUGGUGCACAAAACUCUCUUCACCACCCGAGUAUGAUGGACGUACAGGAACAGCAAGACCAGCUCCUAGAGCUCAUGCAGGCUACAGCUCAGGAGAGAGAUUCCUUUAAAGAGCAGGUCCAUAAACUAACCUGCCAACUUCAAGACGUGCAGAAGAGACUGCAGGAGCGCUCUCAGAUCAAUGUGAAGAAGGAGUGUUAUCACCAGGCCUGCCAGACAGAGGAAACCGAAGGUGGGAAGGACUACAAAAGUCUGUUCGAGAAGGCCAAACAGAAAGUCGAUGAAUUGAUUAAGGACAAAGAGGCUCAACUGGCAACCACUGAGACCAAGCCCGGUUCUGCCCCUGAUGAGGAAGAGCACAUUGAUGAGAUUGCACUGCAAGUCGACCGACUGGUCCGGCAGCUGGAUCGAAUUACCAAGGAGAGGGAUGAACUGCGCUCACAGGUGGACAGUUUGGAGGAGGAAAGGGCAAACCUGGCAUCCCAGUGUGAAGAGCUCAGGUUGAGCCUGCAGCAGCAGAGAGAAAAUGCACAAAAGGGAAGCACAACUCCACACCGAGCCACUGAUUCCACUGCACAAACAGAUCCAGAGGAGGCAGGAGGGACCGGCAUGGAUUCAAGCUCAAAUACAUCCAGAAGUUUGAUUGAGCUUCGACACAACAUCGGGCGCCUUCUCAUCUCCUUCGUGCCUGCUCUGGACCUGGGCCAAGUGAAUUAUGAAUGUAAUGUAAUUGAUGAGAUCCUAGAACAGGUUUUGUUCGAUGUGGAGUCCGUCGUACCGGUGGGUUGGAGCAAUAAAUAAAUAAACAAAUCAUGAGAUCCUGCAAUUAGUGUCACAUUAUCUGUAAAUAAUAAAUACAGAUUCCUGUGAGUGUGGGACAUGAAGUCAUAUUUAUUUGAAUGCAUGUACAUAUUUACAGAUUGUAUAUUGAUACACAUUAAAUGUAAGUGUCUUUAUCUUAACAGAUGACAAAUAAUGUAAACAAUAUAAUCACAGUGUACAUAAAUUAAUGUUGUUAAGUUUCUAGGUAGAAUCACAGUAAUAUUUUAAUCAUUGUUUGAUAUGUUGUUGAUCAGUUCAUUCCAGUCACAAUUGACAAUUUUGUUGGUUAUUUUAAAAAGAUCCUGAUUCUGCAUCUGCUUCUGUUUCUGUUUAACAAUAUCAACUUAUUGUUUCCUCUUUGGUUUGUAUUGAAGCAUAUUUUGUAUUGAUUGCUUUGAAUAUAUUUUUAUAUUUCCUGAAUCUUCUCUCUGAAUAAAUACUCUAUGG